GGGUUCAGUAGGAGGGGUGCAGAUGAUGAAGAUAACAAAACAAACAAUUUGUGGUGGGACCCACCUCCUAACCAUGGGUUAGCAACGUUCUCAAUCUAUCAACCACGGUUAAGCUCUGCUCCUCCUCUUUCUCUCUCCAUCUUCCUCCUUCUCCACCGCUCCGUUUCACCCUCAGAUCUCAUCCGAUCCGACAUUAGGGUUUCGAAUUCAGAAAAUAUAUCCCCAAUUCUGCGUUUUCGAUCUUCGUUGAACAUCCGAACUAUCGAAUUCAAUUAAAAUUUAAAAUUCCCCCCAUGCAUCGCGACGAGAGCUAUAUCUACAGAUAAAUGGAGACGCAGCGGGUUAUCGAGUUUCCGCAUAGGAUCAUGGACAAGAGGCCGAGGAAGAAGCCUCGCUUAACAUGGGAUAUGCCCCCUCCUCCUCCGCCUCUUCCUCCUCCCAAGUUUCAGGUUCUUCCUACAAUGUAUUGCACACAGGAGGUUGGGAAUGGAGUAGCUUCAAAUCAAGCUUAUCCAUCCGUGUUUUAUAGGGGAAUGCCUCGCAAUGGAUCACCCCCCUGGAGGCCUGAUGAUAAAGACGGACACUAUGUUUAUGCUGUCGGUGAAAAUUUAACACCUCGAUACAAAAUUCUCGGUAAAAUGGGUGAAGGAACUUUUGGCCAAGUUUUGGAAUGUUUUGACAAUGAAAAGAAAGAAUUUGUGGCAAUUAAGGUUGUUCGCUCCAUAAAUAAGUAUCGUGAAGCUGCAAUGACUGAAAUUGAUGUCUUGAUGAGGCUAGCCAGACAUGAUGUUGAUGGUGCACGUUGUGUGCAAAUACGGAAUUGGUUUGACUAUCGUAAUCAUAUUUGUAUUGUAUUUGAGAAGCUUGGACCAAGCUUAUAUGAUUUUCUCCGCAAAAACAGCUAUCGUUCUUUUCCUAUUGAUCUUGUUCGGGAGCUUGGCAGACAACUUUUGGAGUCUGUAGCAUUUAUGCAUGAUUUAUGCUUGAUUCACACUGAUUUGAAGCCAGAGAAUAUUCUUCUUGUCUCGUCAGAAUUCAUUAAAGUGCCAGACUAUAAGUUUCUAUCACGGUCCACAAAAGAUGGCUCCUAUUUCAAGAACCUACCCAAGUCAAGUGCUAUUAAACUAAUUGAUUUUGGGAGUACAACAUUUGAACAUCAGGAUCACAGUUAUGUUGUGUCAACAAGACACUAUCGUGCGCCAGAAGUAAUCUUAGGCCUUGGGUGGAACUAUCCUUGUGAUAUUUGGAGUGUGGGCUGCAUACUGGUUGAGCUUUGCUCUGGAGAAGCACUUUUCCAAACACAUGAGAACUUGGAACAUCUUGCCAUGAUGGAGAGAGUUCUAGGGCCACUACCACCCCAUAUGGUGGUCAGGGCUGAUCGUCGAGCUGAAAAGUAUUUUAAAAGAGGUGCACGACUAAGUUGGCCUGAUACUUCAACUUCAAGAGAAGGCAUGAGAGCAGUUUGGAAAUUGCCGCGUUUGCCGAACCUUAUAAUGCAGCAUGUUGACCAUUCUGCUGGUGAUCUGAUUGACCUGUUGCAAGGGCUCCUGAGGUAUGACCCUUCAGAACGGCUUAAAGCUAAGGAAGCACUGAGACACCCCUUCUUCUUCACAGGAGAUAUUAAAAGAUACGGCUACCCUUUAUAAGUAACCCAAGCAUAAUGGCUGGGAAGAGAAAACACGAUUGAGAAUGAAUUGCAUAGGAACACAUCAAAUCGUUUGAUUGUUUGCUCUAUUGUAUAGUGAGAAUCUCGUUUGUAAUAUGCAUUGGUUGUUAUUCCCUUUUCCCUGUUGGUGUUUGAGCAAGAGUAAUUAAUUGUUGCUGCUUUGCUAUUGAAAAACUCAAGUUUUUAACUGGAAGCUCCUUUAAUCUAUAAUCAAGGCGAAGUGGUUGAAGUGGACCCAAAUUUUGUCUCCCUAAUCCAUGAACCAUGAUUGAUUGUAGACUGAGGAAGGUGGAGUUUUGACGUUUA